ACUCUACACUCUGCAAAGUCCAAAGUCCUCUGUUUUCCCCUUCUCAGUCUCCCCCAGCAACCACCACCGUCACCGCCAUCGCCGCCGGCACAAUGGGGAAAGGCGGCGCAAUCUCCGACGGCGUACUCAAGAAGAUCAUCCUCUCCUACGCCUACGUGGCCGUCUGGAUCUUCCUCUCCUUCACCGUCAUCGUCUACAACAAAUACAUCCUAGAUCGGAAGCUCUACAACUGGCCGUUCCCAAUCUCCCUCACAAUGAUCCACAUGGCCUUCUGCUCCUCCCUCGCCUUCUUCCUCGUCCGCGUCCUCCGCCUCGUGGACCCGCCGUCGUCUCUCUCCCGUCACGUGUACCUCACGUGCAUCCUCCCAAUCGGCGCUCUCUACUCGCUCUCCCUCUGGUUUUCUAACUCCGCUUACAUUUAUCUCUCCGUGUCUUUUAUUCAGAUGCUCAAGGCUCUAAUGCCGGUCGCGGUUUACUCCAUCGGGAUUUUGUUUAAGAAAGACGCGUAUAAGCCGUCUACCAUGGCUAAUAUGAUCUCUAUCUCCAUCGGCGUCGCUAUUGCCGCCUACGGUGAGGCUAAGUACGAUUCCUGGGGGGUAUUGCUGCAGCUCGCCGCCGUCGCGUUUGAGGCCACGCGAUUGGUUAUGAUUCAGAUCUUGCUCACUUCAAAGGGGAUCAGCUUAAACCCUAUUACUUCCUUGUACUAUGUCGCUCCGAGUUGUCUCCUUUUCCUCUCGAUUCCGUGGCUCCUCGUGGAAUUCCCCGUCCUGAGACGGAGCUCCGGUUUCCGAUUCGAUUUCACCGUUUUCGGGACCAAUUCCCUCUGCGCUUUCGCGCUCAAUCUCGCCGUUUUCCUCCUCGUCGGCAAGACUUCGGCUCUGACCAUGAAUGUCGCCGGCGUCGUCAAGGAUUGGCUCCUAAUCGCCUUCUCCUGGUCCGUAAUCAAGGACACUGUAACUCCGAUCAAUCUUCUCGGGUAUGGAUUAGCUUUUCUAGGAGUUGCGUUUUAUAACCACUCGAAACUACAGGCAUUGAAGGCGAAAGAAGCUCAGAAGAAAGCUCAGCAACAGACAGACGAAGAAAGCGGGAAGCUAUUGGGCGAGAGCGGCGGCGAUUCGCUGGGGAAGAAGGGCGAUGCGCAGGCCUAAUUUCGUAAUUUCACUCGGAGAUUUUCAAAGAACAAAAAAAAGAAAAGAAAAUAAAAGUGUUGCUGUGGAAGAAGAACAAAGAUUGAGGAAGGAUUCCAGCGUUGACUGUCGGUCUCGUAGAGUUUUUGAGAUCCAGAUUUCCUGCUGCCACUGUCGACUCCAUGUAUUUUAGUAGAGUUUUAAACUUUUAAUCUAAAUCAGCCUAUAAGCUUAUUUUCAUCUUCUACAAUAUUAAAAAUUGUUUGUUUUCUUUUUUCCUUCUGCCUGUGUAUUAGGAACGGUUUAUGAUUAUGAAUUUCUUGAUUUAUACAGUUGAUUAAUAAAAUUAUUAUACCCUUCAGAAGA